GACGGCUUUACUUGACUAAGUGCAUUCACUACAGAGGAAAGCUUUAGCGAUGGAUAACUACCAGUCAUUGUUACCAAUUUUUGCAGCAGUUCUUGCGGUAUGGAGUAUUUUACUUGGAAUGUCUUUUCAUCAAAUCGAUGAAGGUCAUGUUGGUGUCUAUUACCGUGGUGGUGCUCUACUAUCUCAGACCAACGGACCCGGUUAUCAUCUGAUGAUUCCCAUCAUAACAACAUACAAACCUGUUCAGAUUACUUUACAAACUGAUGAAGUAAAGGAUGUUCCUUGUGGUACAAGUGGUGGUGUUGUCAUUUAUUUUGAUCGUGUUGAAGUAGUCAAUUAUUUGGCGGCUGAAAGUGUUCAUGAUAUUGUCAAGAAUUAUACAGCUGAUUAUGAUAAAACACUAAUAUACAAUAAAAUUCAUCAUGAACUAAACCAAUUUUGUAGUAUACAUACUCUACAAGAAGUGUACAUUGAAUUAUUUGAUCAAAUAGAUGAAUUUUUAAAGCGAACAUUGCAAGCAGAUCUAAUUUUAAUGGCUCCUGGUUUAUAUAUUCAAGCGGUACGAGUUACGAAGCCUAAAAUUCCUGAAGCCAUUAGACGCAAUUAUGAAGCUAUGGAAGCUGAAAAAACAAAACUGCUAAUUGCUGAACAACAUCAAAAGUUAAUUGAACGAGAAGCUGAAACUGAGCGUCGUCGUGCAAUAAUUGAGGCUGAAAAGCUAGCUGAGGUUUCUGCAAUAGAAUGGCGAGCUAAAUUAGUUGCUCAAGAGCAUGAACGAAAAAUCAGUGAAGUUGCAGAUGCCACACAACUUGCCCGAUCUAAAGCGCUUACAGACGCAGAAUAUUAUCGUGCCAUGAAAGAGGCUGAAGCGAGCCAUUUAAAGUUAACCCCAGCGUAUUUGGAAUUAGCUAAAUACCAAGCUUUGGCACAAAACUCUAAAGUUUACUUUACCGGUGAUCAAGGAAACCUUAUUAUGGAUCUUUUGAACCAAAUGUCUUCAAGUUUGUCUAAAUCAAAUGUGUCAACCAAAGACCAGGUCACAUCUUCAUUUGUGUAGCAUUUCAUUUUUUAGUAAUUAUACUACCUAAAAUUUUUAUAUUUCAUUCGAAGUUGUCUAUUUAUGUACAUUUUGUAAUAUUGUACAAUAAACCAGAAACUUUUUACUUGUCA